UAAGUAGUAGCGAAACAUGCCCCUAAAAAAACUGAUAUUUUAAGCUUUUCAGGUGAUUUAAUGCCCACCAGGUCGAAAUUUGAAGAGGGCUCCGCAUUUCUUCUCAUUUUAUAAUGGGGAAUCCAAGGGCAAACUCCAUGCUCGUAGAUACAAGACGAAGCUUGGGUUUUCCAAUGGAGAAUCCCUUCAGCUUCAAGGUUCUCAAGGUCUUUACUGGAUUUGGCGUCGGUUGUGGGAUUGGAAUCGGCGCUGGUACUCCCAUUUACUGGGGUGCAAUACCAAUGCUGCAGCAAGUAAUGAGUGCCACCCGAGGUGCAACAGAUGCUUUUUCUGGUGUUGGGAAACAUGUUAAUGGUGCUCUAAGGAAGGUAGGAAUGAAGAACAUUCAAGCUGGUAUUGGAUGUGGAGUUGGUAUAGGUCAUGGUUUUGGGGUAGGUAUUGCUUUGAAGCCUGGAGUAGUUCAACGAAUUCAGUCUUCUGUUAUACAAUCAGGGACUAAGCUCAUGUUGAACAUGGGACUUGCACCUGAAUCUCUUCAAAACAAUGUUAAUGCAUUGACUGGAACAUCUAGCGGAAAUCUGCAAUCUUCUAGUGAUGUGGAUUUGGCAUCUAAAAAUAGAGGAAAUAGCUUUCAACUUUCAAGAGAAAAUGAACGUGAUUAUGUACGUAAUACAUCUACAGUGAAAGGAACAACUGAUAGACCACUUGAAAGUCGUACGGAAAAGGUUGUUGACAGCUUCUUGCAGAAUCCAGUUUUCAAACAUGAAGAGAAAAAAGAACUUAAUGCAUUGGCUGAAAGUUUGCAGGCAGAGAAUAAUGUGCUUCAAGUGCUAUUAAAGCAACAGCAAACAAUUCAAGGAUUGAUGGAGGAGAACCAGAAGUUGCAGAGGAUUCUUGUGGAGGACCUAAAAGUUCCUCCUAGUAAGCUCCACAUGAGCAGUGAGAGUUUUGUCAAGUCUAAUUUUGCAUGUUCCAACUGUUUUGAAUGCCGUAGAAGAAUGAGGAAAACAGGAAGAUAGCAUUAACUUCUCCAGAGUCUUUUGUUUAUCUGACCUUCGGUUGCUUUGAUCUUGAUGUGGAGGUUAGAUUAUUAUAGAGGGGCCAAGAAAUCAUUGCGGAUAGUUGAUGGAUGUUCUUCACAGAGGUUUUCCGAAUCUAGUUCAGUUCUUCGGUCACAAAUAUCACGAGCUCAACGGAGAUAUUGUCAAUGGCCUGGAUCUCAGGACGUUGUCACAUUAUGUAUCUGAUAGACUGAUAGCUCUUUGUAGCUUUGACAUAAUAUUAAAUAUUUUACCAUUACACAUAAAUUUUUUUUAUCCCCAAAAUUUUUAUCAGUGAAAGUGACCUUUUCCUUC